AUGCAAAGAAGGUUAGAUCGAGUUUUCAGAAUGACAUACUCUACAUUAUCGGAAUACACAUUACAAACAAAGGAUAAAUUGCGCAUCAACAGACAGCAUUUGGAGUCUUUAACUUAUCCCGGAUCAAAGGUUACAUUUGAUCCAGAUCAACCUAUUCCUAAACCGGAUCCAAAUCUCAAGGUGUUCUUCUUUGAUAUAGAUAACUGCCUUUAUAAAAAAUCGUUAAGGAUUCAUGACUUAAUGGAACAGUCCAUUCAUCAGUACUUUCAAAUGAAGUUCAACCUGGAUAAUGAAACUGCCAGGGAGCUAAGAGAAAAUUACUACAGAACCUACGGACUAGCAAUUAAAGGUCUCGUUGAUCAUCAUGAAAUCGAUGCCGUUGAAUAUAAUGAAUUAGUGGACGAUUCGUUGCCCCUUCAAGAUAUUUUGAAACCGGAUCCUGAACAAAGAAAGAUAUUGCAACGAAUCAGAGAAAGUGGAUGUUUUGACAAGAUGUGGCUUUUCACAAAUGCAUAUAAGAAUCAUGGACUACGUUGUGUACGGUUAUUAGGUAUUGCUGAUCUAUUUGAUGGGAUAACUUACUGUGAUUACUCGCAAAGUGACUUAGUCUGUAAGCCCGAUGUCAGAGCAUUCGAAAAGGCAAAACUUCAAUCUGGACUUGGAGAAUACUCUAAUGCAUAUUUUAUUGACGAUAGUGGAAGCAAUAUUAGAACUUCCAUCAAGCUUGGUUUGAGAAAGUCUAUCCACUUGGUAGAGGCUGGCUUCGAUGACUUUUUCAGUACCAGUCCCAGCGAAGCGACAAUCAUAAAAGCAAUCACUGAUUUGCCUAAGGCGUGCCCUGAAAUUUUUGCAAAGGAAUAA